AUCAUGUCCGCCAUGUUUUCACACCAGCCGAGAAAAAAAAGCCCGUGAAAAAACACCACAACUCGCUCAGAGAUGCCUUUAACCGUCGGAUUUCGAUCGGAGGGAAGUCAGUGAGCGCGGCCGCGGAGAAAACCGUCGGCUCGUGUGUGUAUUUGUACCGAAUGAUCCGUGUUCUGUGUAUUUGUGAUCGCUGAAAACAAUGAGUAAACUCUCGUUCCGCGCGCGAGCGCUAGACGCCGCCAAACCGCUGCCCAUCUACCGCAAUAAAGACCUCCCGGACCUCACCGACUGCGUCUCCAUCAACCGAGCGGUCCCACAAAUGCCAACCGGGAUGGAAAAGGAAGAGGAGUCGGAGCACCAUCUCCAGAGGGCCAUCUCUGCCCAGCAGGUGUUCAGGGAAAAGAAGGAGAGCAUGGUCAUCCCUGUGCCGGAGGCUGAGAGUAACAUCACCUAUUACGACCGUCUGUAUAAAGGAGAAUUUCGCAUCCCCAAACAGCUCAUCCACAUCCAGCCUCUUGGUUUGGAUAACGAGCUACCCGACUAUGACAUGGACUCAGAGGACGAGACUUUACUAAACAGACUCAACCGUAAGAUGGAGCUAAAACCUGUGCAGUUUGAGACCAUGAUGGACCGGUUGGAGAAAGCCAGUACCAACCAGUUGGUCACUCUUCAAGAGGCCAAGCUGCUGCUAAAUGAAGAUGACUACCUGUUGAAGUCUGUGUAUGACUACUGGGUGAGGAAGAGGAAGAACUGCCGGGGGCCGUCUCUUAUCCCACAAAUCAAGCAGGAGAAGAGGGAUGGUUCCACCAACAGUGAUGCUUACGUGGCCUUCAGGCGUCGCACAGAGAAGAUGCAGACUAGAAAGAAUCGCAAGAAUGACGAGGCAUCUUAUGAGAAGAUGCUGAAGCUGAGGAGAGAGUUCAGCCGAACCAUAAGCAUCCUGGAAAUGAUCAAGAAAAGAGAAAAGAGCAAACGAGAGCUGCUGCAUCUGACGCUGGAAGUCUUUGAAAAAAGAUAUCAGAUUGGAGACUUCUCUGGUGAGAUUCUCAAUGAAGUCACUGUACCUCUGGCUGAGAAAACCGUUUACCCUGCUCCCAUAUCCCUACCCAUCAGCAGUCGGCACAAGACAGAGAACAAAAUUAAGUCACACAAAAUUGGGCCCAAACACCUGCACCCCUUUCCCGUUAAGUCUGAGCCUCAUUUUGACUUUGUGCGUUCUCAUAAGAAGUACAACAAGAGGCCCAAACUUGAUACGUUUCGCCAGACUGGUUGGCCAGAGCGAAUACAGACCAUUAACAAGGCAGACAUUAAACAGUACGACUUCCACAGCUCUGGAGAAGAGGAUUAUCCACUGUCUCCAGCAUCAGAGCCAGAUGAAGAGAACGAUCCUGACGGAGUCUUUGCCUUCAGACGGAAAGCUGGCUGCAGUUACCAUGCUCCGGUGGUGGAUCAGAGCUGUUCUCCUCAUUGGCAGCAGACGGGUCAGGAUCAGCUGUGGCAGCGGAACUGUCUCACUGCCCUCUCUGUGCCUAGACGGUGCAUCGCAGUGGCUUGUAGGAGAGUGGGCAGAGGUGGCAGGGUUGUUUUGGAUCGCACCUCAUCAGAUCUGGAUCAUUCCCUCGGGCACCUGGACCCUGAUAUGCUUUAUCCCUCCUCCGGCUCAUGUGUGCCUGACCUCCCCGUCCACACAAAUACAAACUCUCACGUCUCGCAACGCUCUCUGACUCAGCUUCUCGGUGACAUCCAGGCCUGCAGGUGGAAGUUUUUUCGGCCUCGGCCGCUGCAGGACAACUCUAGGGCUGAGGACAAGAAAGGGACCCCGCCGGUGGAAAAAGGUGGAGGGACGACACUCUCUAACAGCGUGUCAGGUGGAUUCACAGAAGAGCAGUUUCAGUCCCAUCAGCAGCAGCUGGUUCACAUGCACAAACAGUUACAGCAGCAAGAACUGCAGCAGAACUCCACAGCAGCAGAAGCUCACUUACACCUGCAUACUCUGGACUCGGCUGGUGCUCAUUUUGCUGCCUCUGCUGUGAUCAACACUCCCAACAAUGAAAACAGACCCCAGAUUGCUAGUGUCAAUGGCGUCCUUCCCAAUUCAGGAAGCUUCAGACAAGUCAAAGUGAACCGUUCAGCUCCGAGUGGAGGUGGUGGUGCUGGUGGUGAAUUAGGCUCUUUAGUGCGGAGUCCACAGCUGGCCGUCCCUCAGUCUCUGCCCCACGGACACGGGCACCUGAGCACUGUGAGCGCUGUGUCUCCUGCCCACACGCACCACACGGCUCGCCUCUGUGCCCCUUCACCCUCAGCCUUAAAACUGGCCAGUGUCGCCAGCAGUCUGGACCGGGUACCCAAAGUCACCCCCACUAGUGCCAUCGACAUUGCCAGGGAGAAUCACGAACCAGAGAGGCUGGCUCUCAAUGGAUUAUCAGAGACAACAGUGGCCAUGGAGGUCACAUAGCCCAUCCAAAACCACACGGACUCGAGAGCUCAGAGCUGUGCGCUUCUACACGGACUUAUACCCAAUAGCAGCAUAUCAAAAUAUUAAGAGAAAUUUGUCAAUAUUAUAAGUGUACAUUUUGUAAAAUUGGGAAUUAUCACUACCUUGUAAAAUAGUAUAUUUGUAUCAUUAGUCUGUCAUUUCUGUUACUUGAAUCCUAGAUUGUUAUUUUUUUCAUCAUGCUUUUGCACUUGAAAAUGCAAGCAAGACAAGUGCAUCAGUUCAUGUUGGGAUCAUGAGCAUGAAUAUAGGUCCUGCGUCACUUGUUUUAACUAUUUAUUUUGCAAUGUUUACAUUUUUGUAUCUCGUACAAAUAAAUCCAAUUUUGUGACCACAAAAUGCA